CUAACAAAUUGAGAUUUCUAUCGCAUUUAUCCACAAUAACUUAGAAUUUCACACUUUAUUAGCUGAAAUUUUACAUUUUUCUAUACAAUUUCAUCGAAAUCUGGUCCAAAUUUGUCCAAAUUUACAAAGGCUUAAGGAAAAAUCACUUUGCAGGGAGGAAGUUAAGGCCUCGCCGUCGGUGGAUCCAAAGCUCGACAGUUAAUUGAGGUCAGUGAAGUAGCAGGUAACCGUUUUGCAGCCAAGUUUAAAAUGUCUGAUUGGGAAGACGAGUACGACCAGGACGGCGUUGCUGUUAACAAGCCUGCUCCAAAACUUCAGACUGGUUGGAAAUUGGCAGAUAAUGACCGUCAAAAGAAAAAUGUUGUUUUCGGGGUAAAAAAUGGAACCAAGUUUGGAGCCACAAGAGAGGGGAAAGCUAAUUGUAGCGGCGCGGGGCCCCAGGUCAGAAGUUGGAGAAGUGGAGGUGAUUUUGGAGGCCCGGGACGACAGAGGACUUCUGUCAACGAAAAGCUGGACUCUGCCCCACCUCUGAUUAUCAUGGUGGAAAGUGCGUCAGUUGGAAGAAUAAUAGGUCGGGGAGGUGCCACAGUCCGUCAGCUUCAAGAGCGCUCUGGUGCCAGAAUAAAGAUAAACAAGGGAGGCUAUGAAAAUGAAGUGGUCAUUUUUGGGUCCUCCGCAGCACAGCAGAAGGCCAAAGAGAUGAUCGAAGACCUUGUGGCAGAGGGUCCUCGCAGAGAACAAGCGUAUGAAGGAAGACAUGGAGGAGAAGGGAGUGGUUCUGUCUGGUCUACUGCAGAACUGCAGGCUGCAAAAGUUGUCCAGGCUCGUCCAUCCAUAGACUGGGACACCAUCCGGGAGAACAAGGAAAAGUAUAAGGAGCUCAAGUGGAAGGACCUCCCACCCAUCAAAAAGAAGUUUUACACCGAGGCUCCGAGUGUGGCCAUGCUAACAGAAGAGGAAGUCAGUGAAUGGAGGAAGGAGAAUAACAAUAUCUUGGUGGAUGACUUGAAGGAGGAAGGAGAGAAGCGGCAAAUUCCUAGUCCAUGUCGCACGUUUCUCGAGGCCUUUGAGCUUUAUCCAGAGAUCAUGGAAAAUAUAAAUCGGGUUGGCUUUGCCAAACCAACCCCCAUCCAGUCUCAGGCAUGGCCAGCGUUACUGAGUGGGGAGGACCUGAUAGCCAUUGCUCAGACUGGAACAGGGAAAACACUGGCCUACCUGCUGCCAGGGUUCAUCCACAUGGAUGGGCAGCCUGUACCUAAAGCUGAACGAGGUGGUCCAGGUAUGUUGGUGCUGACUCCUACCAGAGAGCUGGCCCUGCAGAUUGAAGCAGAGUGCAAAAAAUACCGCUAUAAGGGCUACAAAAGCAUCUGUAUCUAUGGUGGAGGUGAUCGGAGAGGCCAGAUCGACCUGGUGAAGGGUGGGGUGGACAUAGUGAUUGCUACACCCGGGCGAUUAAAUGACCUGCAGAUGAAUGAGCUCAUCAAUCUUCGCUCCAUCACCUACUUGGUACUGGACGAGGCAGACCGUAUGUUAGAUAUGGGCUUUGAACCCCAGAUUAUGAAGAUUCUUCUGGAUAUUCGUCCAGACCGACAGACUGUCAUGACCAGUGCAACCUGGCCCACUGGUGUGAGACGACUGGCCAAAUCCUAUCUAAAAAAUCCCAUGAUGGCUUAUGUGGGCACCCUGGACUUGGCUGCUGUUAACACAGUGCAGCAAACGGUGCUGAUUGUUCACGAAGAGGAGAAAAAGUCGUAUGUAUUUGACUUCAUCAGAAACAUGGAGCCAGAGGAUAAAGUCAUCAUCUUUGUUGGCAAGAAGCUUGUAGCUGAUGACCUGUCCAGCGACAUGUGUCUUCAGGGUCUGGCUGUGCAGAGUCUCCAUGGUGACCGUGAACAGCGUGACCGUGAAGAAGCUCUCACAGACUUUAAAGAGAGUCGAGUUCGUAUCCUAGUGGCCACGGACUUGGCAUCUCGAGGGUUAGACGUCCAUGACAUAACGCAUGUCUUCAACUUCGACUUCCCACGCAACAUAGAGGAGUACGUCCAUCGCGUGGGCCGUACCGGCCGAGCAGGACGUUCAGGUGCUGCUGUUACCCUUGUAACAAGAGAAAACUGGAGAAUGGCACCUGAGCUAAUUCCAAUACUGGAGCGAGCAGGACAGGAUGUCCCGUUGGAGCUGGUGCUUAUGGCAGACAGAUACGAAAAGCAUAAGCGGGAGAAGGACAUGUGCAGUCCAAGGGGAGGACAGGGGCGAGGAGGAGGAGGGAGGAGAAGCGGUGGCAGAGACCGCGGCCAAAACUGGGGCUUCUAA